AAAUGUAUUAAGUCGCUACAGUAUAGCGGAGCGCGACAGGUUUCCAGUCGUCAAAAUGUUUAACAUUGCGCAUCGCGUCUGUUUAGUAAUCACUGUGUUACUGAACUAUAAGUGUAAUUCUAUUGAAGUAAAUAGAAAGUAUGUGGAAGAUAUAUAUGAAGAUAACCAUAAUAUUAUUGACAUUUUAAAACCUAUUGAACGUGACUUUCAGACCAAGGAUAAUUCAGUGAAUUUUAAUAAAAUAGAACAAAAUAAUUUACAUUACACGGCUAGUGCUAUAUAUGAAAGUAAAUACGAAGAAGCUUCAAUAAAUUCUGGACUUCGUAGAGUGAAGAAAGAAGAGAGUAGUGUACUCAAGAAACAACGCGUCGUCAGGCAGAUACAAUCUGGAAAUUCGCAAUUAUAUCCACAAUUGUAUCCCACGAAUUCGUAUAAUCAAAAUACGUCGUCCUACUAUCCUACAAAUCGUCCACAAUAUCCAUAUUCAUAUCAAUCACAAACACCCAAGAAUGGUCCAUACAAUAUUAAUACUCCAGUCUUUAAUGCUUCCAACCAUAGACCAGGAUCAGCACCAUUAUACAAUUAUUCAUCUUCUGGACAAUAUCCGUCAUAUGGCAACACUUAUCCAGGACAUCAAUCUCGUCCAAAUUCUUCACAAAUAAAUAACAACAGUACAUAUCCAAGUUAUCCGUCGUAUACACAACAUUCAAGGCCUUAUAGUAAUACAACAUCAUAUGGACAGUAUCCAUCGCAAAGUAAUACUUUUUCAGGUUAUCCAUCUCGUCCUCAAGGUUCAUAUACGCAUAACAAUCCGCAUUCAAAUUAUCCAUCAUAUACACAGGGUUCAAGGCCUUCUAAUAAUUUGACAUCAUAUGGACAGUACCCAUCGUCAGGUAAUACUUUUUCAGGUUAUGCAUCUCGUUCCCAAACUCCACACAUGUAUAAUAAUUCGCGCCCCAAUUACCCAUCAUAUUCACAGGAUUCGAGGCCUUCUAAUAAUUUGACAUCAUAUGGACAGUAUCCAACUCAAGGAUAUCUAUUUCGUCCUCAAACUUCAUAUAACAAUAACUCGCAUCCAAGCUUCCCAUCAUAUACACAGGGUUCAAGAUCUUAUAAUAUAACAAAUGGACAGUAUGCAUCUACAAUAGGUCACACAAUACAACAUGGAACAUAUCCACUUAAUAAUACAUGGAAUUCCAAUUAUUCCGGAUUUAAUUCAACAAAUCAAAAACCGUAUAAUAAUGGUUAUCAACAACCUUUCGGUAACUCUUUUCCAAGUUAUCCACAAACUCAGGGACAAAAAUCGUUUGGUACUAAUCCUUAUCAAUUUAAUCAGACAUCAAAUAACGCUGCGUAUCCGUACAAUCCAACAAAUAGUAAUGUGCAAACAAAUCCCGAUCAAAACUUUUUUUAUCCUACAAAUCAAAGAAAUAUAGCCACAUACGACCCCAAAAAGAAUGAUCCGAACAGUUUCUCUUAUCACUAUUGAUAUGUUUGUUUUUGUAAUUGAUGUUUCUUAUGAUGUCAAGUAAACAAAGUAUCAUAAUAUUUGUGUUAUUUAAAAACGAUAAAAAGUAGGUGCAUAAAAACUUUAUACUGUAGUGGUAGUAAAUAAAUAUUUGGAAAAAAAAA